AUGGAGCGUGUUGGCCGUGGGCCUUUGGAGCUCUCGACCUUGCAGACGCUCUGUCUUUUGGCCUUGUUUGAUUUCACUGUGGGCAACAACGUCCAGGCUGGGUUGCAUUUGAAUAUGGCGACGUAUUUGGCCCAGAGUGUCAAUACGGCGGGAGAGACCCUGGGCACUUUGUCUUCUGACCCGGAUGAGAAACGGAGAUGUCUUUGGAGCAUCUAUCUUCUCCAAAACCUCCAAGGAGAUGGGGUGCAAAUGGCUCGACUUAUUGCGGGUGUGCGGACCCCGUUUGAUACCGGAUCCGGGUUGUCUCCUACCUAUGAUUUAGGUUCCAUGCCGGAAACCAUGCCACUUAGUUCUUCGAAGGAGGAUCUUGACCUAGUCUCUUAUGCGAUUCAAGUGGGCGAGGUUUGGUCCAUGGCCAUGGCGUAUGCUGCGAGUCGAGUCGAACCGGAUGCACCGGCGCCGUGGUCACCACGCUCCGACUAUUCCAUCGUCACGUACCGCCACAUGGAGUUCGAUAGCCAGGUGCCCCUGAAGUAUCGCUACGACGCCAACAGAUUCCACGAGCACCGCCUGCAUGAGUUGAACCAACAUCGCGAAUACUGGGGUCCGUGGCUGUUCACACAGUUCCUCUACCUGGCUAUCCCUUGUCUUCUAAACCACCCGUUCCUGUUAUCAAGGAGGCUGCGCAGCUUCCGACAUACCAUGCCGCAGUCCUUUAUCCGACAGUCAUUCGAGACCAUUACCAACAAUGCCGCGUGGAUCCUGCACCUAAUUGAUCUGAUUGAGCACAAAGGGUUCGAGGUCUGCGACCCAACGCUUGCCCACUGUGUGCUUAUCGUGGCCACGAUCCACCUCCAACAUAGUUUUGUCGAGGACCCGAGCUUUCGGGAGAAAGCGCGAAGGGGGUUUACGAAAUGCGUCCGAUUUCUUCAUCCAUUGGCGCAGCGAUGGCCACACGUCCAAAACAUGAUUGACCGACUUACUCGACUCCGAGAGAACGUCUCCGCGGGGGACCCUCAAGCAUCCCACUCUCGGCAAGCAUGGACCACCAACGCCCAGCUUCUCUGGGAACUCUUAGUCUACGACCGUGCAAGCCGAUCUCCUCUCCCGAGCCAACUGCUCGGAUCGACACUCUCAGAUUCCUCGGGACGAUUGACAGCUCGCAUGACCCCAGACCCGAAUUUUCCUUUAGUAGGAUCGGCAGGGAUCACUGGGCAUAAAACGGUUGCCAAGGAGAUCUACACGCACCCUCCAGAGACGGUUACAACACCGCCAGCAGUCCAGGCCGAAGCGCCGGCCGCGGUUGUACCUUCGAUAGAUCUCGACCCGUUCGGUAUGAUUGGAGACCCCACACUGGAGGGAAUAACGGACCACAUGUUUUUAGAACCUGAGAGUUAUGGUCGAGCAAUUGAAGAUUGGUGGGAAGGCGAUGCCUUAAUCUAG